AUGGACGUGGACACUCACAUUCCCACGGGAUCCUUCGAAAAGAUCCUGGAGAGUCAGGGGCUGUCUUGGACCCAUAUUCGACUUGACAAUGGACUUAAGGCCACACUUACCGCAGCCUGGAGAUCGGAGGGAGUCACAAGUGAAGUUGCCCAAGAGCACGUGAAGGAAGUCUAUCAAGGAAUGAUGGAUGCCUACAUGCAACUAAACUACCGUUGGGAAUCCAACAUUGACGACCUCAUGUUCCAACACGCGUUUCUCAGCGCUGUCAAAGACAAGGUUCACUGGGUUCGCAAACUGUCUGACCGAGAACUCGGCCGCCUCAUCUUCAACUUCAAGGAUGCCAGAGAGGUUUGCCUCAAGCAACGACGAGAGGCAAGCGUCCGCCCCACUACUAAGGAUAGUGAGAUCGCACGCCUCGUCCAGCAGUUCAUGGAUAUGUUCCACAACCGCGUCAACCAGAGACGCCAGACAUACCGAGGCUAUAAACCUGGAUUCGGAGUGGACAACGAAAUCAUCCCCUUUGAGUGUGCCAAGCCAUUUAUCAUUCAUAAGGAAGAACCCAAUCGACGCAGAAACUCCGUCAAUUAUGCCAGUGGCCCGCAUUAUGUCGGUUCUGACAAGGGCCCGUUCCUCGUCCCUCAGCGACGCAAGCCUAGCAACCCGUUGAAGAAGAAGAAGGAGGACGAAGAGUCAAAGAAGCAGGAGGACAGCAAGAAGUGA